GCACGACAUUCUGUUCAUAUUGGUGGACUCUUCAGGGUAGAUGUUGAGGAAUUAUCUGUAGACUCGAUCUAUCUUACCGUAUGGGCGUCACCACUUAUUCCACUGCAUAUGGGCAAAACAGAGAAGGCAUCCAUAAUGAUAGAACAUCAUUUUGGUCGACAACUACAGCCUCCUAUCGGUGAGGAGCGCAUCAAUGAACUUGGCAAAUGGGUGAGGAAGGAAAUUAAUGUUAGCGGGAACAGUUGGGAUGCAAGUUCUGUUGAUAUAGCAGUUGCUGGUCUUGGUUGGUGUGCUAUUGGACUGAAAGGAGAGGCAGUUUUGGGUGUUUGGACAUAUGAUGGGAUUGACGUUGUACAGCGCAACUCCUUGAUUUCUAGAAGAGCAGAAAUCUUUGAAGAAGCAGGAUUUACAGAUUCGAAGAUUGUUUCUCAGGCUGAUAGUGCGGCGAGCAAGCUGAACCGAAGCACCUGCUGCACCUUCGGAAACAUUUGAUGCAGCCGUGGGUGCUUGAUUGUUGUUUGGUAGAUGACUCAAAAUGGUAUCACCAUCUUCUGGCAUUGUAGUCUUUUGGAGGAAGCCAUGAGUUACUAAUUAAGAGGUUUGAGCAUAAGGGAGCUACAGGUGAUGGUGGGCAUGACACUCAAAUUACUUACACAUGGGCAUAGAAUUCAUUCUUGUAACUUAUUAGCAGGUAUUAUCUUCACUAGUAUAUCUGGAUCGUUAAUAUAUCUGUCGGAGGUAGGUAUUGAAAUCAGUUUCUGCAAGCGGAUGGCGUGUGGUGAGUGGACUGAUGGUUGAUGGUCAUGCCUGUGCCAAGAAUCAUCAAAUGCCAGCAUGAUUUUGCCAAGAUUCGAGGUGUCUGCUGUUGAUAAGAUAGUUUCUGGGAGGUAGCUUCUUGUGUUUUUUAAUCACCUGGAAGAUGACAUAUGACGUUCUUUGAGAGUGACGGUGGAUCAUAGCAAUGGGUUUCAAUUAAAUUUAUCUAGAUAUUUAAAUCUGACACAGGUAUCUACUUUAUUAUUGGAACUUUGCUUAAGGAAAUUUUGAUCUAUUUACAUCUAUGCUUUAGGACAUGUGGAUAUUUGAAUGUUAUGCCAUUAUUACUGGAGCUUUGGUUGUAAUCUUAAAAGUACCAACAGGAGGGGAGAGAAUGAUUCUUC